CCGACGUACGGCACGCUUCGUCAAUUUUUUUCACCUACGGCGGUUCACGACUGUUAUCGAUAUAUCGGUCCAGUGGGAAUCUCAUUCAGAUCUUGUGAAAUUGUGCACAUCGAAGAAACAUUGAAUAGGAUGAGGUGAAUUCGAUUGACUUUGCAUUUCGGACAGGAAAUAAUGCCUUCGAGCGGAUCUUCUAAGGUAUCCAAGGUAGAUAGGUCCACAAGUCCUCUGCCAUGUAAACCCGUGAAUCCUGUUCAGGAAUUAAAAACCCUAUUUGCUGAACCACCUUUAAGAGUCUCAAAUGGCGGUAAAGAGCAAGAUUUUCGCCUCGAGGCGAUUCAGUGUCUUCAAUCCCCGACUCUUACAGAAACUAAAAUAUUGCCUGAUCGAGGAACAUGGAGCAGUAAGAUCGAAUUCAUCCUCUCUGUAGUAGGAUUGGCAAUAGGAUUAGGAAAUUUAUGGCGAUUUCCGUACCUCUGCUACAAAAAUGGCGGUGGUGCUUUUAUGGUUCCUUAUUUUAUCGCUCUUGCACUUGCCGGAGUACCUAUGUUCCUAAUGGAGUUAUCGCUAGGACAGAUGAUGACUAUAGGUGGAUUAGGUGUUUUUAAGAUAGCUCCGAUUUUCAAAGGCAUUGGAUACGCUGCUUGUGUACUCUCCUGUUGGACAAACAUAUACUACAUUAUUAUAUUGGCAUGGGCACUUUUUUACUUUUUGGUCUCCUUACGAAUCGAUGUGCCAUGGAGAACAUGCGGUAAUCAUUGGAAUUCGCGUUAUUGUCUCACCCCCACAGAACGUUUAGAGAUGUUGUGUUGGCCCGAAGACCAGGAUACGAUAUGUUCUACUUCGAUCGGUAAUUUAAGUCACACUUUACUGAGGGAUCCAGUAAAAGAAUUUUGGGAGGGGCGUACUCUUCAAAUCUCUGACGGUAUAGAAAAUGUAGGUUCAAUUAGAUGGGAAUUAGCAGGUACAUUAGCUAUUGCGUGGAUCAUGUGUUAUUUUUGUAUUUGGAAAGGUGUGAAAUGGACUGGAAAAGUUGUGUACUUUACGUCGUUGUUUCCAUAUGCAUUGUUGUCGGUUUUAUUGGUAAGAGGAUUGACGCUGCCAGGAGCAAUGGAGGGUCUAAAAUAUUAUGUAACACCAAAUCUAUCAAAACUCAGUGAACCCGAAGUCUGGAUAGAUGCGGUAACACAAAUAUUUUUUUCUUACGCACUGGGUGUAGGCGCAUUGGCUGCUCUUGGAAGUUACAAUAAAUUCAAUAAUAAUGUUUACAAGGAUGCUCUUAUUGUUUGUACAGUAAAUUCUUGUACCAGUAUGAUUAGUGGUAUUGUUAUAUUUUCUGUGGUUGGUUUUAUGGCUCAUGAACAACAAAAAUCUGUUGCGGACGUAGCAGCCUCUGGUCCAGGUUUAGCUUUCUUGGUUUAUCCUUCCGCCGUUCUAGAAUUACCAGGAUCAUCGAUUUGGUCUUGUUUAUUCUUUUUCAUGCUUAUUCUUAUUGGCUUAGAUAGUCAGUUUUGUACAGUUGAAGGAUUUAUAACAGCCGCGGUAGAUGAAUGGCCGUCACUUCUUAGAAAACGAAAAGAAAUAUUCAUCGCUAUUGUAUGCUUUGUCUCGUAUCUUAUUGGUCUUUCUUGCGUUACUGAAGGAGGAAUGUAUGUGUUUCAACUCCUAGAUACGUAUGCUGUAAGUGGAUUUUGUCUUCUAUUCUUAAUGUUCUUUGAAUGUAUUGCUGUUUCGUGGGCAUUUGGUGUAAAUCGAUUCUAUGAUGGAAUUCGUGAUAUGAUUGGUUAUUAUCCAUGUUGUUGGUGGAAGAUAUGUUGGACCAUUACUACUCCUGCCAUUUGUGUGGGUGUUUUUACUUUUAACAUAAUUAAAUUCGUUCCCGUAAAAUAUCUUACAUAUGACUAUCCAUGGUGGAGUCAUGCAUUUGGAUGGCUUUGUGCACUUUCUUCAAUGUUAUGUAUUCCUGGAUAUAUGAUUUAUAUCUGGUUUAAAACAUCUGGAACUAUCUCUGAGAAAUUCCGAAAAUUGAUAAGAAUAGAGGAUGAUGUUGCCACGUUACGAAUGAAACUAAAUCCAACAAAAGCUGCCGCUAUUAGUGCAGAUCUCGAACUAUAAGUGUACCUUUAUCAAUGAUGCAAGUGUGUUCUCUGCAAUGUAUGAAUGGACAGAAGUAUGAUUUCAUAUGUUCAACAGUAUCAUAUCAUAUAUUCAUGUAAUCAUUUAUCACAAACAAAUAAAAAUUUAGUGC